GAUAAACAUUUACAACAUGUUGUGGCAGCAACUAACUUUGGGGAGACCCAAAUUCUGGCUGGGAUACUUGCCUGUGGAUACAAAAAUAUGCAUCAAUCCCAUACACUUACUGAUCAGACCAUAUUUGUUGCUCAUGUUGUCUCUUAUUACAUCACAUUUUACAAGGCUGUGGGCAUAAAGAAUAUUGGAGAGACACUGUGA